AUGGCGCUUCCGUCCGCCCACGACCGCGAGUGUACCGCGGAGAGUGCACCUGUGCUUCCGCCACGCCCGGCGGUGAGCGUUCCUGCUCGUCCUCCCGCUGCUGCGGACCAAAUCCGGCGCCGAUUUGAGGACCAGCGCCGUCCUCCCGGGCCGCGCGUCGCUGAUUCGCCUCCGAGAGUGGCAACCCGCGCGGAGUCCGCUUCUGCGUCGGACUUUGCGCGCGCCCUGGAGAGGCUUCCGGACGUGCUCGCAACUGCUCUCCGUGAGUCGCAGGCGGCGACAGCCUGUCGCUCCGUUCCGCCAGACGCUCCUCGUUCUCUUCCCGCCAUUGUCGAGGUAGCCAACCGUGCGGUGUCCCCGCAGCGCUCUGUCCAGCAGCCGCCUGUUCUCCCGGGUUUUGUUGGCGCUGGCGGAGGCCCAGCAAGGGGUCCGUAUCGUGACCCUCGUCCUCGCCUUGAGGAGGCGGAGUAUUCAUGUUCCACGGCGACCCUGCGUCAGCUGUGGAUACUGUCGGAGUGCCUAGAGGCACUGGCGCGUGUUCUCCGGUCGACUCGUGCGUCGAUGGCGAUAUCCCGCCCGAGCACAUUUGCUGAGAAACCGCAAGCAGCGUGCUUGGGGGCGGCGGAUGAGAUCCUAUCCCUCUUGGCGCCACUGCAGGCAGCGCCCUCCCCGGGUGCAGACGCGGCCAACCUGCUGGCUCGCGCGGCCCUGGAUCUGAGGCACAUUGCAGGGUCGGUUGAAGGCACACCCGGAGAUGCUCUAACCGCCUGCGUGUCAGUGGUCCGCCACUUGUGGCAGACCACGCGCGGAAUGCUCUCGUUUCUGGGGGCGGACCGCAUGUAG